AGCCGCACCGUUGUUCCUUCAAACCCGACCUUCAAUUGUUCUAUCACGUAAAAUCGGAUAAAGUCGGAAUAUCCGAGUCAACUGAGUCGAGAGAAAUUCCUGGUAGCCCGUCGCUGCCUAAACCUGCAAUCAGUAUUUCACAAUCGGCCAAGCUCUGGCAACUCUGGAUCGUGAUCCUUCUGGAUUAAACCGAAACACUGUCAGAUCCAUGAUGCCUCUCCCCUGUAGCAAUUUUACUGACGUCGGUGGGCAUGAAUAUGAUCGCACACCUUCUUGGCUUCUGCCUGCUGACGCUUCUUUCGGUAUCUGCCGGUGCCGGUGUCGCUUCGUUUUGGUCGCUGGGGGUGAGGCCAGAAACUGACCAAAAAGCCUGCCAAAACUGUAUAGCAGCCAUUCGGCUUUGCACCAGGGGUCGAUACGUCCACCACAGACCCACAGAAACACUCAAAAAGCCCGAGCAAACAGUAGUGAAGAUUAGGAAUAUCCUUGAUCAAGACGUGACGCCUUGCGUGCUCGAGUAGGUUUCCAAUGCAGUGUCUCUUAGUAAAAUGUUAAGGACGGGAUCAAUCCUUCGGUGUUGUAAUACUCGAAUUCUGCGUUUCAACCAUCUCUUAUGACCAAUGUCUUCUUGUCUGCUCAAUUUUCUUCAAUUUUAGCUUUCUUAAUCUUUCCUUUACUGUUCAUCUCGUGUCGAUCCUGAGUAGCAGAAAGUAAGCCACUCUGGCAUGUCAAUCAUUUUUGUACCGGCCUGUCCAACGACGUGACUAGGCCCACGUUCUCAUCCCGCAGUAUCGGGGAAGUACCGAUGAGUGAGA